UUGUAAACCCCCCCAAAAAACCCCUAAUUAUUGUAAUCAAUUUUCCCUUUACCUGCAUUCCUUCCUUCUUUUCCCCCAAAACGGCAGCUCCAUCUUCAAGUCUCAUUCAUACGGUGCUGUUGCUCGAAAUUCAACAUCUUCAAGACUUCAUCAGCUUCAGAUUUCUACUUUCAUUCCUGUGCUGCUGCUGCUCGAAUCAGGCUUCGCUUUUUAUUUGCUCGAAUUAGGUCUCAGAGAGGAGAGGACUAUAGGAGGAUUGGAGAGUAGUGGGAUAGGCGAUCACCAACUUAUCGUCGUUUCAUAUAAACAGCCUGAAGGGUUUCUGAAAUCUCGAAUCAACGGCCUUUCAAUCCAGUUAAUGCCGACGAAGAUGAAGUACAAUACCGAAAUGGAUACACCUUCAGGCUAAGCCCUCCAAGCAUGUUUGGGUUGGCGGAUGUGGCUCAUCAGUCGCUAGAGAAAAGCUAGAAGAAGUGUUGAGUAAAUUUGGUAAAAUUGAGGAGUUUAAGUUCUUUAGAGAUCGGAAUUCUGCACUUGUUGACUUUGCCAGGUUGGAAGAUGCCUCAGCUGCAGUGAAGAAUUUAAAUGGAUUUCAAAUUGGUGAUGAUUGCAUACGUGUUGAUUUUCUGAGGUCUUAUCCUGCUAAGAGGGAACAAUCAGAUUUCCAUUUUAUGGGGAGUGCUUAUUUCAGAAAUGUGGGUGAUCCUUUGUGGAUGAAUGCAGAUGUCAUUAGGGGUUAUCCUGAGCCCACUUAUUCUGGACACAAGAGAUUGCAGGCCAAGCCCUCCAAACAUGUAUGGAUUGGCGGAUUCAGCUCAUCAGUCACCAGGGAAAGGCUAGAGAAAGAGCUUUGUAAAUUUGGUAGAAUUGAGGCGUUAAAAUUCAAUAGAGAUCGAAAUACUGCAAUUGCUGACUUUGUGAGCUUGGAAGAUGCUUUAGCUGCUGUGAAGAAUUUGAAUGGCUCACAGAUUGGUGUUGAUCGCAUACGUGUUGAUUUUCAGAGAUCCCAACCUGUUAAGAGGGAACAAUCUGAUUUACGUGAUAUGGGGAGUGCGCAAUUCAAAGAUAUGGGUUGCCUUGGUCCAUCAUGGAUCAAUCCUGACAUGAUGAGGAAUUAUCGCGAGUCCACUUCUUCCGGGCAUAAGAUAUUGAUGCCAUCUCAACCUUUGGGAGGACGUAAAGGAGAUCAUCCCAGUAAGGUUUUGUGGGUUGGGUAUCCUGCUUCUGUUAUCAUUGAUGAAGAAAUGCUACAUAAUGCAAUGAUCCUGUAUGGGGAGAUUGAAAAUAUCAAAUGUUUCCCUUCAAGACAUUAUGCUUUUGUGGACUUCAGAAGUGUGGAUGAAGCAAGGCGUGCUAAGGAGGCCUUGCAUGGAAGACUAUUUAAUGAUCCUCGAAUUUCUAUAAUGUUCUCCAACAGUGAUUUAGCUCCUGGAAAUGAAUUCGGACAACCAUAUCCUACAUUUAGGGGGCAAAGACCAGAUAUAUUCGGAAAUGAUCUUCCUUUCAGACUACCUUUGGAUAUGUUUGAUUCAAAUUUUGCGAUGCCGCCAAAUAAUUUUUAUGGACCACCAUCUAAUAGUUUGCUUGGACCACCUUGUGUGCUGAGACCAUUUGGGUCAAGAGGGAGUUUGGAUCCACUGUUGCCCUCCCCAGAUUUUCAUGAUCCCAACUUGCUUUCUUCCAUGUCAGAGCUGACUUCAAUUGUUUCCUUUAACCAGAGAAAAUUAUCUCAUUCUGCUGCUGGAUUGCUUCCAUCUCCAAUCUUACCUGGAAUGGCAUCCCAUAAGACAAGAGGGUGGGAUGUUCUAGAUCCAAAUCAGCUUCCUAGGGAAUCAAAGAGGCCUAGAAUAGAGGGCCUGACCUCGUUUCAGGACCCGAACAUAGUAGGAAAAGGUGGUGAAUGUAAUGGAAGUGCUGAUGAACCUUAUAGUGCUGGUCAAUUCAUGGGAGCACCAUUAUCUAGACCUCAGGUUGAUAAUGGAUUGAGUUUAGGAAAUGUUAUGGAACGUUCUAGUGGGGAUCUUAUUUGGCAUGGUGUCAUUUCCAAGGGUGGUAAUCAUGUCUGCCAUGCUCGAUGCGUUCCUAUGGGAAAAGGAUUAGAAUUUGAACUACCAGAAAUUGUCAAUUGCUGUGCGAAAACCGGGCUUGACAUGUUAGCAAAGCACUAUGCUGGUGCUAUUGGGUUUGAUAUUGUAUUUUUCUUGCCUGAUCGUGAAGAGGAUUUUGCUAAUUAUACAGAAUUCUUACAAUAUCUUGGUUCAAAUAACCGUGCGGGUGUGGCUAAAUUAGAUGAUGGAACCACAUUAUUCUUGGUUCCACCAUCAGAUUUCUUGACAGAUGUUUUAAAAGUGGCCGGACGUGAGCGAUUAUAUGGUGUAGUGCUUAAGUUGCCUCAGCAACUCCCUGGUGGUCCAUCUGUACCUCAGAUGGUACAUCAGCCCAACCCUCCUGUUCAACAAACGGAUUCCCAGCUUGGUCCUCCUAAGCAUGAGUAUGGCACUUCUGAGAAGGAAUUGGCUAUUCACGUGGAUUAUCAUAGAGCUUUACAUGAGAAUGCAGGUAUGCAUUCAAAAACAUCCUUCCCAAAAGCAUCUGUUUCACGAGAUCAGUCUUAUGAAGGUGUCUCUUCAACAUCACGACCUGCUGUGACAAUUACACCUGAGCUUAUUGCUACACUUCAAGCACUUAUGCCAGCCAAUUCUCAAUCUUCAGUCACUCAAAGCGGUCAGCCGAGAUCUAUUGCUUCCACAAUAGGGCUUUCUUCACCUGCUGUAACAAAUGAAAAGGGUGCUUUCUCGCAGGGCUGGAACCAACAGUUUCAAGUGGAUCCAAAUGUGCAAUCUCAACAGUUAGGGGUUCAAGGGUAUCCUAAUGCGAAUUUUGAUUCAUAUGUGUCCAGCCACCCUUUUCCAGCAAAUACGCAAUUGCAUAAUCCUGCAUAUAACCUCCAAGAGCAGGAACUUGACUGUUCCAGGCCUCUUGCAGUCCACUCAAUUGCUGCUCAGAAUCAACAGUAUGUACCGUCAAUGCAGAAUAGUAUGCAGCCUUAUUCCACAGAGUCUCCACGUAAUAUUGAGAAGAGCUAUGGGAUGGUGCAUGGAACACAUCUUGGGUCUUAUGAAAUAGGUGAUACUCGGCAGAAUCCUGAUCCAGGUUUAUACUCCAGUCAAGUUAGUGUUGCUAAUCUUUCCCGUUCAGAUAUCAUAUCGCCAACCUCAACUGGGAAUAUGAAUGCAGAAUUGCAGAAAUCACCCCAAAGAACUCAGACAUUGCCGUCUGGAGUUGGUCAAGGCACAUCGGAUGUGGAGGAACGUUAUCGAUCUACUUUACAGUUUGCUGCCAACCUUCUUUUUCAAAUCAAGCAGCAGCCACAACUACAGCAGGGAAAUUCUCACAUGGGAAAUCAGCAGUGAACUUUCCUCUUUGGUAGGUAGGUAUCUUUCUACUAACUUAUGGUAUUUUGCCUGAUAACAUGCAGUUCUGUGUGCAGUGCUGUUUAGCUCACUGAAGGUUUAUUAUGCAAUUUUUUUUACUUGAGUUGCAUCAUUAGUGUUAUGUCCUAUCUUUGAUCUUUAUCAUUUUGGUGGAUGGUGGCUAGUUGUUGCUUGAGUUGCAUCAUGAGUGUUAUGUUAUGUAUGAUCAUUGAUCUUUUCCAUUUUGGUGGGUGUUGGUGAUGGGUAGACCUGUUUUAACAGUAACAGUUGGGUGGACAGGUUUAAGGUUCUGGUCAUUUCCGGUCAGGUGCUUUUCGGGUCAGAUUCAGGGUCGGGUACGGGUUAACCCCAUGUGUCAAGAGUUGUUUAAAACUUCUUGCAAGAUUUUUUCCAAAAUAUAUAUCCCAACUUUCUUUUUGUUUCCAUAGGAUAUAUUUUUUAUAAACAGGACCAAUAUGCUGAUUGGCUAUAAAAUAAUGUUGACUUGAAAGUAUAUAAAUUGAAUAAAAUGUAGUGAAUUGAAACUUAAAAUGAUUAUAUGAAACUGAAAAAGUUGGAAAAUUCAAGAAAACAAGUCAAAGCGGCUGGGCUCAAGUUACGGUCGUGUUUGACCCAAAUUUUCCUGUAUUUUCGGGUUGGCAAUUGUCAUUUUUCAUGUCACGGGUCAAUCUUUUCAGUCGGGUUAAUGUUUUACUGGUCUAGCGCUAUCCUUUGAGUCAAUAUUGAUAUGAACAGAAAAUAAAAAGCCAAACCAAGUUUUCAAGAUAUCUAGGGUUGUAAAAAAAUGAAAAUGGUUUGACUAAAAACACCAAUGACAUCCUUGUGGUCUGUGGAUACUGGAUACCUUAGAUUUGAGUGUAUUUCUGCAUAUUUGCCAUUCAUUUUACCUGUGUCAAAAUUUGAUCACUUCUCCUUGGUUUGCCUUCUGUGUUUACUUUUUCUGAUGCUUGGGUGACCUGGUCUAUGCAAUAUUGUCAUAAUCUGCCUCUGCAAUCUGCAUUUUGGUCUUUCUUGUUGAAAAAAAGCAUUAGUAGCUCUUUAUGACUUUCAUGUUUUCUGUUCACUUUUAUUCUUAGAUUGCUACUCUAUUGUUUACCCUCUAACUAGUAAGACUGGUCUAUUUCUAAUUAAUUGUCUGCAAAUGAUGCACGCUGUUUUGUGUUUCGGAAUUGGGGUGUGUUUUGUAGGAGGGAGUAAAGGGUGGGAAUGGGAUUAAAAAUUCUUAAAUACGGAUAUCCCAUGUUUGGUUUAUGGGAAUGUAAUUAAAAUUAGGAUUGGGAAUGAGUUAUUCUUGGUCAAUUCCAUGACUUUAUUAACAAGGGGGUGUUGGUAUUAGAUUGGUGGGAAUUGGGGAAAUUGUAAAUUAUAAAAGAUAUUUAUGCCCUUGUAAAUUGUAAAAUUUUACAAAUCAAUAAAGAGAUAUUACAGUUCUCAAAUUAUUUUUAAAAAGGGUGAAUAGGUAAAUUUUUAUUUUAUUCCUAAUUUUAUUCCCACCUACCAAAAAAGAGAUAAAACAAAUCUAAUUAUUCCCAUUAACAUGUCAAACAACAGAUUGGGUUUAUUUUAACAAUUCCCAACUAUUAGUUUUGAAUCUCAAUCCCACUUUUUUAUCCUUCAAUUUCCAUUCCUACAUACCAAACGCUCCCUUGGAGAUAAUUUUUUGAAACAUUUUCCUCACUGGACAAACCUAAACUCAAUUGAGUGUUAGAAAUAACUACUAGGGCUAAGCUAAUGUGGAACAAUCCCUCUUGUAUGAGGCCAUCUCACGAUGAGACAACAUCAAAACAAGAAACCCACAAGCUAAUAGUUUCUUUUAGUAGACUAUUUAGCCCAAGUAUGGGUGUGUCUCAUGGUGAAACCGUCUCAUACAAGAAUUUGUGAAUGUGGGGAAUUAAUGAGAUAAGUAGCGCAAUAUGUGUGCCAUAUUGUUGGGUAUAGUUGGUAACAAUUUGGGUGGGAGUGUAUUUCAGUGGUCUUGAUUCUUUGUAGUUCUUCAGGAUUAGUUUUUACUAGAAAACUGAAGGUUAAAAAAAAAGUCUGGAAAAUAAGCUUGGGUUUGUCUUUACUUAUCAGCUGUCUAUAACUUAAUUAGAGAUAUGGGCCAAAUUAUAUUAAAAUGUUUUUAACAAUAUGGGGUAAAUGUAUGCCCAGUAAAAACUGAUCUGGAAUAUUGAAAUCUUUCCAAUUUCUAGAUGUAAUAAUUUGUAUAUAACAUAUGGGUUUUGUAAAUUCCAAUUUCUUCAAUUCUGAUAAAACAGUUUGCUUUCCCUUUGUUCCAAUUACUGUCCUCUAUUUACUGUCCACCUGCUAAGAUUGCAAUUUUCAAUUACAACGAGAAAACAUCAAUUUUAGGAUGCCGGACGGACAUGAGUUAACUUCAACCAUCGACCUUCAUUCUUUACAAAAUAUGAAUUGAGUACGGAACAUAAUGUAAGACAAAAUUAAUUCAUAAAUAUAAAUGCUAAAAUCACAAAUGAAAUAUUUACAAAAUACUCGUUGACAAAACUAAUUAACUACUUAUUAAAGAGAAUGCAUCAUUAAGGGGUUUAAAUAUUUUCAUAAAAGACAGUGAUAGUAUGUAUGCUUUCUAAUACUUAUUAAGAAUAAGAAUGGACCAAUAUUAUAAAUAUGGCUAAAAGUAUAAUGGGCAUGGGUAUUUUUGGAGGUUGAGUUAGCCUUGUCCCAGACACGCUACAACACCACUAUGUUAGUCGGUUGAAUUGUGGGCUAUUUUAAUUCUAAUUUUUACAUUUUUUAGAUGCAAAAGUGGGUCUUGUGGCCUUUUACGUACAACUCGACUAGUAUCAAUAUUUAUUGAAAAUUGAUGAAUUUUGAACUAAAAAUGGCAUAUUCUAAGAAACGGUUUCAUUUGGUUGAUUUAAAUAUAUGUUUGAUUUGAACAAAGACUAUGAAUGUUCGAUUUUAAAAUUCGAAAUUCUCCCCCAACAAAUCAUGCAAAAUAUACUGGAAACUCCUACAAGUAAUGUUUUUCGGUCACAUAAUCUUAUUACACAUUCUUGUAAGAGACCAUCUUUAAUUAGGUUAGUCUAUCAUAUGUUUUUUAUGAUAUUGUAAGUAGUCAUUAAAAAUGAUAUAAGUAGACGUUUUAAAAUAUUGAAAUUAUGCAUUAAGAAUAUGGUAAGUAAGCAUUAAGGAUAAUUUAAAAAGACAUUAAGAAUACGGUAAGUAAGCAUUAAGGAUAAUUUAAAUAGACAUUAAGAAUACGGUAAGUAGACAUUAAUCAUUAUUAGGCCGGACUUUAGAUUUGUCUCUCCAGAAACUAGCUGAUCUUAAUAAUUAGAAUUGGUAAAGUAUGAAUAUUAUCAAUUAUUCACAAACAAUAUGUCCAUAUGCUAAAUCUCAUGGAUAGGCAAAGUUUUGAUGGCCCGUAAGGAAAUCGAUACCAAAUGGCAGGAAUGGUAAUGAAAAAUGGGAAAUUCUACAUGGUAGUAUCUAGUUUUUAUAAAACGCCAGUGGUAACACUUUUGUAAUUUUUUUCCACAUGUUAGCAUCCAGUUUAUGCACUAUCUAACUGCCGUAGCAUUUUCCGUUAAAUUCUUAUUAAUUUCUGUUUAAUUUAUUAUUUUGUAAGAUUUUUCUACAUGUCUGCAUCCAAUUUUUGCUCUCAAAUGUUUAAUUCACCAAUUAACGUUUAAUUCACCGAUUAAUUUAUUAACGCUCUUAAAUGUUGUAACAAUUUUAUUUUCAUUUAAAUUAUUGGCAUUAUAAAGUUCAAAAGGUGCAUUUCAUAAGUUCAAAAGGUGCAUUUCAAGCACUAAUACAUAUCAAUGUAAUCGUCACAACAUUUAAGGGCGUUGAUAAAUUAAUCGGUGAAUUAAACGUUAAAAUGGUGAAUUAAACAUUUGAGAGCAAAAACUACAUGCAACCAUGUGGAAAAAUUAAACAAAAUGAUGAAUUAAAUAGAAAUUAACAAGAAUUUAAUGGAAAAUGCUACGACAGCUAGAUAAUGUAUAAACUAGAUGCUAUCAUGUGGAAAAAUCUUACAAAAAUGCUACAACUGACGUUUUAUGAAAACUGGAUACUACCAUGUGGAAUUUCCCAUGAAAAAUUAAUAUAAUUUGGUUGAAACAUUUGUUGAUAAGUUUAAUUGUCAUUAUUACUUUCUUUUAACUUCAUUACAAAAUUUAUUUCAAUGCAUUACCAUUUAAAUAUGGGCUAUUAGGUGGUAAUAAUAAAUAAUGCAUAAAAAACCUUUCUAUGAUUAAAUUUUCAUUAACAUAAGAAUGACAUAAUACAUAUCUUGAAAUUUAUACCAUAAAUCAUUGCUAUUUCAACUAUUUAGUACUGAUUAUCAAACGGGGUGUGAUAAAAAUGGUCUUUUUUAAUGAACAUUGGUUAUAACUGCGAUAAGCAACAGUUAGAUUAUAACACGGUAUUCAAAGGACGACCAUGACCCUUUACUAAUUUUUAAUAUAUGAUAUAAUGGUUGAUUAUAUUCAACAAGAAUAAGUAACGUUCAAUGGUUAUAGUAAUAUUAGAGGUAUAUACGUGGGUUAUUUGGUCGAUUUUGGAUGGAGGUCAUUCAAUUUGGUUGAAUUUUGAAUUUGUUAAUUUUUGUUGUAUGCCGCGAUGUGUCAUGUUCAGGUCAAAUAUGUUUGUCACGGCUGUUUUAACGAUUAUUUGCGUUAUCGAUUUCGCACUGGUUCGUUCCCAGUUAAAAUUGGAGUCUAGUGUCAAUCAAGCUCAGGUUGUCAUCGAUCUAAAAUUAGUUCAGUUUUUUUGGGCACAAAUUAGGUUCGAGCUUUAUUUUUUGAGUAGUUAUUGGUUACUAACAAGUAUUGAUAAGGUUAAUAUCGGAUUAAGUCAAUAGUUAGUUUUGUAAUUGAUAUAUGUUCAUUUACGUACGAAAAAAUAUUACCAAUUUUUUUAUCAAAUGUGACAGAUCAAUUUAUAUAUCUUUCUUGAGCCGGGGAACUCCUUUGGCCGCGCUCUCCAUUAUGGAUAUGAGUUGCCGCCGUUCUUUCCUCCCCAGACCCUGUCCAUAGUUUUUCUAUGAGCGGGAUACACUGGGUAGGAUGAUGAUGAUGAGAUGACAUAUCAAUUUAUAUCAAAAAAUCUUAUAACAAUAUAUGAUUGUUAUUUGAUAUCCCUUCUGUCCCUAUGGAAUGCACACAAAUAAUUUUUGGUGAAAUUUAGUGGUAAGAGGAAUUGAGUUGGGAGAGUAAUAGAAAAAUAAAUGGACAAUAAAAAUAAGUGGCUAAGAUAAAAAGAGAUAAUAAAUUCAUUAAUGAGAUUAAAAGAAAGAAAGUAAAACUAUAAUAAAAAAAAUACAAAAUAAAUGAGAUAAAUUAAAAUAAAAAGUAAUGAGUAUUACACCGCAUUAGAUUUUGAUUGAUAGGACAUUUGGAAUGGAAACAAUAAGAUAUCUUAAAAAAAAAUUGUGAUCGAUGCUCGACUUCGACUAGGCUCCAGCUAAAGCCAAUCUAAGCAAAAUAAAUGGAGUGAAUUUUAAGGUCUUUCAUUUUGCAACAAAAAAUAACAACAUAAAUAAUAGAACUACUUACUCCGUUUCAGUUAGCUUUGCAAAGGUGGUAUAAUAAAUUAAACUAAUGAAAUAUUUAGAAAUAAAAGAAAAUGAAACUUGUUAAAGUAAUUGAAUCAUUUUUAAAAAUAAAUAUGAUAAUAAUUUAAUCGAAUAAUUUAAAAUAAAAAAUAAAAUACAUUUAUUAGAAACACAUAAUUUUGUAGUUUGUUUCAAUCAAUUGGUUGUAAGGGGAAAAUGUACAUAACAUGCGUUGAAUUUUUU